AUGGUACAAGGACUGUUUGACAACCACGAAUACGAGUUCCGUGUAAGCGCUGUGAAUGAAAAUGGUCAAGGAACACCCUUGGUGGGCGAGAAUCCUGUAACUACAAGGCUUCCAUUCGAUCCUCCUGGUCCACCGACAGACCUUGAAGUGACUCAGAUCGGCGGCGAUUUCGUGUCGCUCACGUGGAAACGACCAGCGUCCGACGGUGGAGGUCGCCUGAGAGGAUACUAUAUCGAGAAAUGCGAGGAAGGCACGGAUGCUUGGAUACGAUGCAACCAGAACCCAUCACCGGCAAACAUUUUCAACGUUCCAAAUCUCAUCGAUGGACGAAAGUAUACAUUCCGCGUUCUUGCUGUCAAUGAUGCUGGGUUGUCAGAGCCUGUUAUGAUGGAGCCAAUGGUGUUCAACUCAGCCUUGGGUGGUACACCACCUGAGAUAGUCUCUGAGCUCAGCGAUCAGUCCGGAGAGCCAGGACGAAGCGUAACGUUCGAAUGUGAGAUCAAGGGCACACCCCGACCAGAAUACACAUGGUUCAAGGGUUUGAAAGAGCUGGUCGACACACCAAGGUUCACAAUCCUCAGCAAAGGAGAUGUACAAGUGCUCAUGGUUAGCCACAUCAACACGGACGACGUUGGCGAAUACGCCUGCCGCGCAACAAACAAAUUCGGCUCGAGAAGCACAAGAGCACAGUUGGUCCUUAAACAGAAACCUCGAGUGUUUGUGCCACCGAAAUACCAUGGUGGUUAUGAGGCACAAAAGAAUGAGACAAUCGAGUUGAAAAUGCCUUAUAAGGCAUAUCCUCGAGCCGAGUCAAGGUGGAUGAAGGAAGACGAGAAGAUAGAAAGUGGAGGCCGCUACACCAUCACCACCGAUGAUAAGUUUGCCACUUUGACUAUUACUAACGCGACUCGAGAGGACUACGGCAACUAUCGCGUCAUCGUUGAA